GUACACUGAAACAUGUGAUUAGGUGAGGUUGGAGAUUUAAAAGUUCGGUGAAACAUGCUCGGCCCGGAUUUUUAUUCCAACGCAUCUCAUAAAUCCCAGCAUCAUCAUGGUGAUCUUAAGUGUAACUGGCAGAGCCCCCAUCAACAUUGCUGUAGUUAAAUAUUGGGGUAAAAAAGAUGAACGGUUGAUUCUACCAUUGAAUGGAUCUAUAAGUGGAACACUAGAUCUCACUCAUAUGUGUGCAACAACAACUGUUGCUAUUAGUGAAUCAUUCUCUGAAGAUCAGUUUUGGCUAAAUGGAUUGGAAUGCAGUUUGUCAGCUAGAUUCUCUAUAGUUCUGGAAGCAAUUAAGAAAAGAGCUUUAGAAAAUGAAACUAUCGAUAGAGAAAAAUUGUCAUGGAAAAUCCACAUAUGUUCUAAAAAUAACUUUCCUACAGCAGCUGGAUUGGCCUCUUCAGCAGCUGGUUUAGCUUGCUUAGUGUUUUGCCUUGCCAGGCUGUACAAUAUUGAUGGUGAUGUUUCCGGUAUUGCCAGAUUGGGCUCUGGGAGUGCCUGCAGAAGCAUGUAUGGUGGAUUUGUUGAAUGGAUGGUUGGAGAAUGUAGGGAUGGGCGGGAUUCUGUUGCGAAACAAAUCAUACCUGCCAAUCACUGGCCGAAUAUGGCUGUUCUCAUUUUAGUGGUGAACGCAGGUAGGAAGCACACGAGCAGUACGUCUGGGAUGCAGACGUCGGUGCAGACGAGCAGGUUGCUGGAACAUCGGGCCAAGUUGGUCGUGCCUGACCACAUCGAUCUUAUGAGGGGGGCGCUGCUUCAGAAGGACUUUCAAACAUUUGCUCAAGUUACUAUGAAGGACAGCAACAGCAUGCACGCGGUGUGUAUGGAUACCUACCCGCCCAUUCACUAUCUCACGCACGUCUCACAUCACAUCAUCAACUUGGUGCACUCUAUCAACAACUACUUCCGAACGUGCAAGGUAGCCUACACAUUCGACGCUGGCCCGAACGCCUGUUUAUACCUGCUGGAUGACGACCUACCAACCAUACUCAGUCUUAUUCGCUACUUUUAUCCAAAGAUUCAAAAUGUUGAAGAAGGAGGUACUGAUGAUGAUGCUUGUAGAGAUGGAGAUGUGGAUGAGUUUGUGAGGGGUAGGAAGGUGAAAGUUGAUGCUGUUAAUGAGGAACUCAUAAACAGCAUGAACAUCACAGUCCUGCCGGGAGCUUUGUCUUACGUCAUAUCCACCAAGAUAGGUGACGGACCGGUGUUGUUGUCAGCAGACGACAGUCUGCUCAACUUGGAAACCGGCCUACCUCACGGAGAGCUCCUCUAAACCAUGUAUCAUCAUCAUUAUUAUUAUUGUUGUUGUAGUUGUUAUCAUUAUUAUAAAGUAAAAUGUAAUUGCACUUGCACUCCGAUUACUUACAUCAUUUUCAUCAUAAUAACGUGGAGAGUUUUUUUUGGAUAAUGAAAUUUAAAAUUGUCUUGGUUCUAUGUGUGAGUGAAUAAAUACGUGUCCUCGUUGCCUGAAGAAUAUUACUUUUUAGUUUUUUUUUAUUUAUUAACGUAGAAGGAAAUAGAUUGAAACUUGUGCUUCCCGC